AUGGGUAUUGUCGAUAGUUUUAAGUCAUUUGUACACUCUAUUACUACUGAGGAUCAUUAUGCGUCUUAUGAUUCACCAUAUAAGAAUUCAGCGAUUAAUAAUGUUGGAACUACAGUUGGGGGCGGUAAUUCGAGUUCAAGGUUGCACGAGUUGAAUCGUUUGGCUACAGCUAAUUCAUCGAGUCAUUCAUUAAUCGAGGGCGGUAAUAAUGCUAACGGUAGCAGAACUUCAUUAUCGCGUAAUGGGUCAUCGACCACAGUUGGAUACAGACCAGGGUUGAGGUCAUCAAACACGAAUUCGUCGGAUCUUCAGCUUCAAAAUUUGAAUGCAAGCGGACAGCCGCCAUUGCCAUCGAUAGACUCAUUGUGGGAUCGUAUUGAGAGCUGGUUAGAAGAAGAAUAUCCAGAGUUAGGAGACAAUUUGAAUGAUGGGGUGACUACUGCAGAUUUGAAUGAGUUUGAGAACGAUUUGGGGUGUGGAUCGUUACCGGUCGAAGUAAGACAAUUUUAUAAGAGACACGAUGGACAGUUUAGAGGUGGAAAGCCUACAGGAAUGAUAAUGGGUUUGACAUUAUUAGAUUUAGAAGGUAUAGUAGAGGAGUAUGCAAUUUGGGCUAAGGUCAACCAAAGAUUGGAAAAGCAGCAAUACAUAUUCCAGCACCAGCAACAGCAGAGUCAGAAGGCUACGUCUUCUGCAGCUUCUGAGGCACAAGGCAAUCAAAGCAGGAUAAAUAAUUCGUUUAUUGCCAACCAAAAGUCGAUUCCACCAAAUGCAAUCCAACCAUACUACGCUCACCGUGGUUGGAUUCCAUUUGUGAAGGAUUUCUGCGGUAAUCAAAUUGCUAUUGAUUUAGCACCAGGUCCACAAGGUCACUGGGGUCAAAUCAUUAUUUUUGGUAGAGAUUAUGAUACAAAGUUGGUUAUUGCAUCAAAUUUACAAGAAUUCAUCUUUGGAUUUGUUUCUGACUUGGAAUUAGGAAACUUUCAAAUUGAUCAAAACGAUCAAGAUAGUGGUUUCUUGGAUGGUUCCAGAAAUGAUGACGAUUACAUGAUUGGUGAUGGACAAGAAGAUCAAGGUGAAUUAUGUUUCAUUGAUAAAGAUAAGAAAGAAUUUGGUACCUCUAUGAAGGGUAAACUUACUUAUUUAGAGGUGUUAAAGAGAAGAGCCUUAAAAAAGUUUGGUAUAACUAAUCUCGAUAAGUUCUCUACUUCUUUCACCCCUCAAAGAAUAGCACAUACCAGACCAAAUGCUAGUGGCGCAUCCUCUCCUGUUAGAGCAGCCAGCCCCAGUAUAUCUGGUACAACUGCCAAUGCAAACAAGUCACAAAAUCCUUUGAUAAAUAUGGAAAGUAGCAGCAAGGUUGCUUUACCCAAGGAAACUCUUAUUGAUGAAGAAAAGAAACUUCCAGAAGAGCCAGUGAAGAAACCUGAAGUGGAAAGUAUCAAGGAAGAGGUUGCCCAACCGGAAGAACAAAUAAAGCAAAAUGAUGACAUCGUAGAAGAAAAGCCAGAAGCCGUAGAAACUUCGGCCAGGGAAGAAGAUAACAAGGAAGAAAAAGAACAAGAAAAAGAACAAGAAAACGAAGAAGACAAAGAAGAUGCUCCUGAAGAGGAAGAGAACAAGGAUACAAAACCUUUAACAAAAUCUCAAAAAAAGAAUCAAAACAAGAAAGCUAAGAAGCAACAACAAAAACAAAAACAAAAUGAAACGGACGGUGUAGAAGAAGUAGCUGAAGACUUGAACGAUGUUGCGUUAUAA